AUGCCACGCGCAAGUGCCCAACCUCAGUCUGUAGACUAUGGGAUGAAACUUUCAUCUCUGAUGUCUGCACCCAAGAUAAAUGAUGUUCCUACCAUGGAUGCACUCACCGAAAGGGAACUCGAUGGUUUGAUUUUACAGGAACCUGAUGGGCACCUCAGCUAUGUACUUUCCUUGAUAUUCAAAACCUUUAGCGCUACAAUUCCUCUUGCAAAUUCACUUACUGUUCCUUUAAAUACCAAAACUCCACUUUACCUUCAUAAUUUCAGGAAAAAACAAAAUUCCACCAACAAGGGCAAAACCAAGUCAGUGUCACUGUAUGAUACUGUGAAUCACUGUUGGAACUGGGCACUUCCCACACACGAGCAGCAUGCUAGCAAGUCACCUGACAAAAGUAGGCAGGAUCUCAGAGAGGAUGAGGAGGAUGAUGAAGAGGGCAAAGAACAGGACUCGGAAGAAGAAGGGAAUGAUGGUGGUGUGAAAGAGAAAUAG